CCAGUCGCUUCGAUCGGCAUAUCAUUCUCAGCUUAUUACAGUAGUAGCUCCGUAAUCGGUCGGCUCUGCCACAUACACAAGUACAUCUAAUAUCUCGUGCGCCAGUUCGUUCCUAUCUCUCGCUCUUCACUGCCUUUUUUCUGCCGGAGCCACAGCGCCAGCAGCAGCGGAUCGAGCAGCUCGACUCCUGCGUCGUGUGUAGCAAAAAGUGUGACAGCAGCAGCAGCAGCUAGGGAGAGAGGGACAGUUGGAUCCCGCGCGUGUGCCCAGUGCCAAAGGGAAAUUAGAAAAACGAGCAUAAAAAACCUAUCGUCAUAAUGGAGACGUCGUACUCCUAGCAGUGGUUCAACGUGUGUCUCCAGAGUGUGCUCCCGUUGAUCGCCCGCGUAUCGCACCGCACGCUCGGCUCGUGCAAAGAGAGAGAGAGAGAGAAAUAACUAGACAGUUUCGUAGAUAAAGCGCGCUGGUCGCCAGCAUAAUUAGCCCAAAAAUCACAGCCAACAGCGACAAGUGUCCGACUAACAAGUGCGCCAUCGAGUUUAGCGCGCGCUCCUGACAUACGCCCAGUGUCCCGCGAAAGCCUCAUAAUUCCGUACAUUCGAACCGCAACCAUACGGCCCAGACAUGUUUUCCAUCGAGUACAGCAAGCAGUUCCUGAGCUAUCGCAUUCUCAAGUCCAACCGUUUCAAAUACAUCUGACCAUAAGGACUCGGAACAAGUUGUUAUUGUUAUUUUUACGUUCUUAAACGAACCCCACCUGCACAGCAGCAGCACCGCAGUUACACCCGUCAGUGUUCUAAUUAAACAAAAAAAAACCUCUCUAAUCGAGUUUGAUCCUUGAAACUCUCGCAGGAGCGAUUAAAACGACGAGAAGAAAGAAGAAUCCUGAGAUUCGAGUGUUUUUUCGAGUGUGUACCCCGCCGCGCGCGCGACCCCUUCGAAAAAUAUUGAGAGAGAGACCUGGAACGUCCUCUCGACCGAUUCGAAAACAAACGAAAAAAAAACUAGACAAAAAACAAGCAAUUAUAAUCAAGAAAGAAAAAGCGAAAAAGUCUAUAAAUUUUGUUAGCGCGCUAAGGGAGAAAAGGAGGAGGAGUCGUUGGACUCGUUGAAAAAAAUUGUCGGAAAAGUUUUCUAAACAAAAAAAAAUGAUUGUUUACGUACCUGGCAGAAUGCCUGUGAGGGCCUACUACCCGCACCAUCACCAGCAGGGCAUCUAUCAACAUCAGGCGGGGGUGGCAGGGCCGAUCCACGGCUACUACAGCGGACCAACGAGCUCGACGGCGGCCCAGCACGGCAGCGGCCUGAUCUUGGAUCAGCAUCGUCAUCAGCAGCGGCGGCAGCACACCGUGACCAUCGGUGCUGACCGUGACCCGUUGCAAGGCGCCAAUCUGCAGGCUUGGCCGAGGAUCAUGCCGCAGGACGAGGAGAUGCAGCUGAUGCCUGUGGCGACGGCGCCGGUCGCCCAGCAGAAUCCGGCCUCGCCGUCGGAUCCCGUCAAUGCCGGUCCAGCCAGUCCGGCGCACAGCGACUCGGACGCUUCGAGCUCGAGCCUCGAGGUGCCCAACAGCAGAGGCACCAACGAGCAGCAACAGUUGUGCAGAUGGCAAAACUGCGGAAGAUGGUGCACGUCCCUGGAACAAUUGGCACGUCACGUCGAGAAGGUCCACGCCGCGCCGGGAACGCGCGGCUUGUUCUUCUGCGGCUGGGAAGACUGUCAGAGAGGAGAGCGAGGUUUCAAUGCGAGGUACAAAAUGUUGGUGCACGUGCGAACGCACACGAACGAGAAGCCGCAUAGGUGUCUGCAGUGCGACAAGAGCUUCAGCCGGGCCGAGAAUCUAAAAAUCCACGCGCGCUCGCACACGGGCGAGCGGCCCUACGUCUGCCCGGUGGCGGGCUGCAACAAGGCCUACAGCAACUCGUCGGAUCGUUUCAAGCACACGAGGACCCACUCCGUGGACAAGCCCUACUGUUGCAAGAUCCCCGGCUGCCCGAAGCGCUACACCGAUCCGUCGUCGCUGCGCAAACACGUCAAGACCUAUCGGCACUACGUCAACAACAACAACGACAGUACCACCAACAACAAAUCGACGACGGGAGCAGCAACGACGACAACGACGACGGCGACGACGACCCCGUCUAAGGAUGAAACGACACCGAUGAUCGUCGUGAAGAGCGAAGAGUCGCUGAAAACACCCACACAGGUCAACAAUAGCCUGAACUCGAGCCAAUUGGACCUGGAUAAGAAAGAUUCGAGCCUGGAGAGCGUAAACGCUAGCAGUACUAGCUCGACCUCGUUCGUUAGCAGUGACAGUCCCAAGGGUACAACGACGAGUUUCGAGGAGCAGCAGAAAUUCGUCGAGCUUCAAAAUCGCUACAACAAUCAGAUGCAAGAACCGAAACAUGCGCCACAGCAACACAUGAAUCGGCACCUGACGUCGGCCCUGAUGUCGUCGCCCGCGUCGCCUCUGUCCACGUCGUCCUCGUCGAAGAACAGCAGCGGCUACGAGCACGACUUCCACAGCAGCGGCAGCCCGUACAGCAACAGCAGCGGCAGCAGCCGCAUGUACGACGAGUACAUCUUGCCGAGAAUCGCCGCAGCGGCAGCCAGUGGCAACGGUACCGAUCAACAACAGCAGCAGCAGCAGCAGCUGAUUGUCCGCAUGUCGAUGAGCAAGUGCCAGUCACCACCGCAGAUGCUGCAGUCGUCGACGCCGAUCAAGAACGAGUCGGUGGAUUAUCGUCACAUCGAGUCGAUCGUUAAUAGCAACGCGACGCCCAUCAGGCCUGCUUCCAGCGAUCUCGUGCGCAACUCCGUGAUCAAGCGCGCCAAGUCCAACGUUACCGAUCCGCAUCAGUUGCAGCAACAGCAGCAGCAGCAACAACAUCAUCAUCAUCAUCAGCAACAGCAACCAAUGCCGAUGACGCAGAGUCCCGUGCCGGAUCACGACUGCUGCUGCAAGCGUCACAAGUGCUGCAAGCACUCGGACGACGAGAGCAACAGCAACCUCAUGGAGAACACCAAGAUGCUGUCGGGCUUGAUUUUGCAGUCGCGCGCGCCAAUUGUUCGUCAUCUGCUGGCCUCGGUCGAUCUCAACAACGACUUUAGAUUCUCCAUGUGGCAGCAACAGCAGCAGCAACAGCUCCACCAACAGCAGCAACAGCAACAGCCACAAAUAUUACCAUUCGAGCAGAUGGCCAUCAACACCUGCGCCCGAGAUCUCAGAACCAAAUGCGAGGCGAGCGACAUGGAUCAGGAUUUGCCGCUCGAUCUGACCGUCAACAAAUAAGAAAGAUCACGCGUUUUAUUUUAUCAAAUAUUUUACCAAAAAAAAAGAAAAGGAAAAGAAAAAUCAGAAAGUAAUAUCGAUGCGAUGAUAAUAUUGUGCCUAAUACAUUAUAUACAUUCAUAAAUAUAUACCUUGAUUAUUACCUAUAUACACGAGAGAGCAAAGAGUCGAGUUUUAUGAAAAGCCAAAUAUUGCAUUCUAGUGUAUAUAAUUUUAUCUUUUGUGAGAUUCAUUGAUCGUCGAUAGUUAUCUUUUAUGUAUCUGCGAUGAGCUUAUCGAGUCGUGUGGUGUUCUUUUUUCUUUUUUAAUUAUUAUUUAUGUAUGAUAUUAUUAAACAAUUAUGGGGGCUACUUUUUUAUGAAUAUUUUUUUGCGAAAAGUGCCAUUGUUGACUUUUCUAGUAUCUUUGACUGUUGUUUAUGCAUUGCUUUAUGCUGCAUGGGUUCAGAGCGACAGCGAUCGAUGAUUAUUAGCGAUGUUUCGGAGGAUGGCUGAUUUUAAUUCGGUCGGAAUUACCAAAUCCCAAGGCGCCUGGUAAUUUCACGUACCUGUGAUCAUGAUUCUACAUUGUUGUACAAAAAAAUGUUAUUAUAUCCUAUUCUAUAUCUUUUGUACAUUGAUUCUUCUUGUUAAAUAAGAUGUUUGAGUUUGUCAUUUUUAUGAGCAUUAUUGAUGUUUUGGCGCAAAAUUAAGACUUAGAUUGUAAUUUUAAACUAAAACUACGAUUGUCAAAUUACAAGUUGUCAAAAUUUUUAAGUGUACAAAAUCAAAUUUAUUUAAUCUGUAUGUUAGUUUUAGAAUUUGAUCAUUAUAUUUUGAUUUCCAAACGUUUGUAAAUCAUCGUUAGGCGUGUAACCUGCCAUAGUCAAGCAGCUGCCAAAAUGCUGGUUUUAAGUUGAUAAGUAAGAUCAACACUUAUUUUUGUAAAUUUCUGUUGUAUUUUAUUGUGAUCUUGUUGAGUUAAAUUGUCGUUCUCAAAAUCUUGUCUUCUACUUAAUUAUCUCCAAGUGCCUUGAAAAAAAAUGUUCAUUCAACAGGAAUUGAAUUGAAAUAUUAUGAUAAUUGGAGUACCUCGAAUAAUUACUAUUUUUUAUAAGGCGAUUUAUUAAUGCUCAAAAACUGUAAAUAAAAUUGAAAUCAGAAACAAAACGUCGUUUUCAAUUCUUGUACAUUCAUAAGGGGAGUACGAUUGGGAAAUUUAACGUCUCUGCUUCGUACUUGACAUUAUGAUUGCGCAAAAUAACGCGACAUUGGGAUGAAUAUUGUUACCACGAAUUGGCAUUUGUCCGAGUGCCGCGUUUGGACGCGUUUAUAAUGGAAUUUAUAAAGUUCACGAAGUUAUUAUAAUUGUUAUUACUUUGGUAAUUGUCAGUACGGAAUUGCAAGUUUCAAUAAUUAAUGAACGUUUGGAAAAUUUCGCUGGCCGUAAGAAUGAUAAGUUUUAUGAAAAAUAUGUGCCUUAACUCGAACAUUUAUAAAUUACUUUUGUGGAUUCAAUAAACUGAAUUUCAUCAAUUACACAUA